GAGACUAGAGUGGAUGUGAAAGAAUCUGUUCGUGGGCAAACCAUCUUCAUCAUCCAGACCAUACCAAGAGAUGUCAACACGGCCAUCAUGGAGCUUCUUAUCAUGGCUUAUGCCCUCAAGACGUCUUGUGCGAAGAACAUCAUUGGAGUUAUUCCCUACUUCCCGUACAGCAAGCAGUGCAAAAUGAGAAAGAGGGGCUCUAUAGUCUGCAAACUGUUAGCUUCAAUGUUGGCUAGAGCAGGACUAACGCACAUCAUCACCAUGGACCUGCAUCAGAAGGAGAUCCAAGGCUUCUUCAGUUUUCCAGUGGAUAACCUGCGUGCCUCCCCGUUCCUCAUCCAGUACAUCCAAGAAGAGAUUCCUGAUUACAGAAAUGCCAUAAUUGUAGCGAAGUCCCCCGCUGCAGCUAAAAGGGCUCAGUCAUACGCAGAGCGGCUCCGUUUGGGUCUGGCUGUGAUCCACGGUGAGGCGCAGUGUUCAGAGUCUGACAUGGCCGACGGGAGACACUCUCCACCGUCUGUGCGCAACACCACAGGACACACAGGACUGGAGCUACCUUUAAUGAUGGCCAAGGAGAAACCUCCCAUUACUGUGGUUGGAGACGUGGGUGGGAGAAUCGCCAUCAUUGUGGACGAUAUCAUAGAUGACGUAGGAGACUUUGUAGCUGCUGCAGAGAUCCUAAAGGAGAGAGGAGCCUAUAAGAUUUAUAUUAUGGCCACGCACGGUUUACUUUCUGCAGAUGCUCCACGUCUAAUAGAAGAAUCAGCCAUCGACGAGGUGGUCGUGACAAACACGGUACCCCACGAGGUACAGAAGCUCCAGUGUCCCAAGAUCAAGACCGUGGACGUCAGCAUGAUAUUGGCAGAGGCCAUCCGGCGCAUCCACAACGGAGAAUCUAUGGCGUACUUGUUCCGAAACAUUACUGUGGACGACUAGGGCGCGUGAGAGUGACAGCUGAGCUGGGUUUUUAUUGAGCGAAACCAGAUCCACUGCUGCACCUUCCUGCUCAGUGCUGUAAGAAAACACUAAUCCAUGUCACUCGCGUCAGGAUCCACACGCACAUGUAUCCUGAUUCAACUAAAGUCUAGAACAUGACCAAAUGUUUUUAUCUUUUACAAAGCUCGGUGCGUUUCAUUUCUUUUGUCCUGUUGAUCUUUCUGUGCACCUCAGUCACUGGAUAGCUCACUUGUUUCCUCACAUGAAAACGAUUCUGCGUCAGAAAGAACGGAGCAUUACCAUUUCUGAUUUCUGCUUGAUGAGCACUGUCCACGGCUCCAAAUAACCGAAAGAGAACUGACGGGAAACGAACGUCUGCGUAUCUCAAGCAAACGGUUUAAGGCCUGAUUUAAGACGGCAGAAUGGCCGAACUUUAAGCAGAUUUGAAGACGGAAGCUGCUGCUGGUAAGGCGAAUAUUAUUUUAUGAGCUUUAUUUUUAUCCUUCUGCGUAAUACUUGAACUGAUAUGAAUGAGAUGGCUAUUUUGUCAUAGUAUUUCAUGCUGUAUGAUGGCGCGCAGCCGG